AUCAACAUUUAGGAAUGGAAGAGCAAGGAGAGCUUUUAGUCUGACUUGAGGAAUCGUUGAUGUUUGAACAUAUUUACAGACAGCGUUGUAUAGCAUUCUAUCUUAACUACAGAUAACAUGCAUUGGACAUGUUUGGCUGUUUUUCAGCUUCAUUUACUCAUGUGUUUUACCCUAAUCAAAGGCCUGAUUCCCACAAUAAGCGGUGAUGUGCUAACAUUUACAAGACAGCCGGACUCCAAAAUUUAUAUACCACAUAAUCUCUCGGUUUUUGUACCGUGCGAAGCGACUGGUAUACAGCCAUUGACUAUAGAUUGGAGGAACGAAAGUGUUUUGAAUUCGCCUGUUGUAAUAAACGCGUCCAGCAACGGGUUAUGGUUCACGAACGACGUUCAACGAACGAGGUCGUCAGGAGUUCAUCGUGUUGGCAUAUUUCGUUGUGUAGCCAGCAACACUGCGGGUGUGUUGUUCAGCGAGAAAUUUGACGUGAGCUUCACAUAUCUCCAGGGUAUAUCAGUACAACUAGCCAGCCCAGUUCUGUUGAACAAUGUCGUGAGAAUUACAUGCAUUGUUGAUACAAACCAGCCCGUAAAGUUAUCGUGGUUCAAAGAUAACAUUGAGUUGGAUACCUCUCAAGAUAAGAGGCUGGAAACGUCUGGAAUACUGCGGAUUAUUGAUUACAAAGCCUCUGAUAAUGGAAUCUAUUCUUGCCAAGCACGCACUGGCUUCAAAGUUAUAACUAGUAAAGGAGUGAAGGUUUUUGGAAACGCUGCAGUGAACACCAGUGUCCAUGUUUAUCCUGGGAAAGUUAUUCGUACUACAGUUGGGAAUCCCUUGGUAAUUGAAUGCAUCCAUUAUGGUCCCAGAAAGUCCUCGCUUUCUUGGUUAUCAAGCACCAAAAAACUGGCCACUGCCGCGGGAUAUGUUAAUCUUGAAUUUGAUUCUGUGCAACAGUCGAAUGGUGGAGAAUAUCGUUGCGUAUCAACGGAUGGCGUCGAACAAACAGUUCAUGUAUUUGUUGAAGCUCCACCUAGUUUUAAAUCAAAACUACCCGCAUUGACGAGGCAGGACGAACUGAGGAGAUUGGUGCUCACAUGCAACGCAACGGGUACUCCUACGCCAUCAGUCACGUGGUACAGAAAUGGCCGAAAGAUUUUCCAUAGCAAUGGUUCAGAAACGAACUUGGUUAUAGACCGUGUGAGAUCAGAACACCGAGGAAUAUAUCAAUGUGAAAUUGAGAAUAAGCACGGAUCAAAAAUGGAUCAGACGAUUUUAGAUGUCAUUGAUCUCAUACAACCUCCAGGAAAUGUCCGGGGAUAUGCCAUCUCUUCAACGGUGAUUAACAUCACAUGGGAAAAACCUCCUGAUUUAUACGGAGAAAUUUUUUACAAUGUACAUUUGACGGACUGGAUUACACGAACUGACCGCUUUGGAACUAUCACAAAGAAAACGUAUCAAGUAAUCAACUAUCUGAAAGCUUUUAGAGAUUACCUAGUUCGAGUUGAAGUGUAUACUCUCAAGGGGAAGAAAGGCACUUGUGCUUUUUUCAUCAAAACAUUGGAAGACGCUCCCGGUGGUAAGCCAAAUGACGUAAAAUUGACCAGCUACUCAUCCGGGUCUCUGGAUGUAACGUGGUUACCGCCGUUUUUGACUUCCCGUAAUGGUAAGAUAAUCAGCUACGAAAUAAGGUACCGUAUUGAAGGUAGCCUCAAGGAAAAUAACGUGACCAUUUCCAAGAAUUUCUACUCCACACCGGUAAGAAAUCUUGUACCAGGAAAUAAAAGGAUUACAGCUAAGAACUUCUACUCUGCAAUCCUGCGACAGCUGGUCCCGGGAAAGAAAUACUUCGUUAGGGUGGCAGCAAAAACUGCAAAAGGACGUGGACCGUUUUCAAAGGGGAUUCCGUGCAUUAUCUCAGAGAAAGUUGCUAAAGUCAUUCCAGCACCUUCAGUUAUUAUCAAAUAUGUCAACGAGACGAGUAUUGUAUUGAGUGUCGAAUCUCCACCGGAUUUGGGCAUCAAAGGCUACCAGUUGAUAUACAAGGUCAUGGGGACCUCCAUGGAUAUGGAAACAAAGAUCAGAAAGGAUGGGGCUUCCUUUGAAUAUGUUUUGAACAAUACAGAGAUGGACGCAGAGUAUGUCAUUAAUGUGUCUGCGUUUGAUGAUAAAAUGUCUUAUGGUAGACCUAAAAUUUUUCUCUUGGCCAGAAACACCUCAAAAGAUCUAAACCGCACAAUGUUUGAUAUCCAAAAUCACACCUACGGUCGAAGCAUAAAUGUCUCCUGCGAACUCGUGCGCAACGCAACCGCCAUUGCUGUGAAAUGGGCUCGAACAAAAGAUGUUGAAACGAAAUUCGAAGUCCGAUACAGCGUUGUGGCUGAAACAUAUCAACGCAAGACUGUUCUCACAAAACAUCUCAACAUGACGAUAGAGGACGUAUCCCCGGGCGAGAUCUAUCAUCUACAAGUGCGUACUGUGAUUCGCAGACGUCCAGGAAUAUUCACGUUCAACGGGUUACCCAGGACAAAGCUGUGUAGGGUACCAGAAAAAGAACCAGUCUCUCCCCCGCAUAUCAUGGAAUGCACGAAGACUGGUUCCAAAGGCCAGAUCACGUGGCUUCGACCAGACAAACCGAACGGGCACAUAGUUAGCUACGAAAUUGUGUGGUUUGGCCCUAAAAACGAGACGAUGAAGACAGUGGUAAACAUGGGCAUUUCGGAGGCUCCGUAUUCGUACACUCUUGAGAACGUCUCCGAAGAAGGGAAGUCCGUCGUGUAUGUGCGUGCGAAGAACUCUGUCGGAUUCAGCCCAUUUGGACGAUGUACUAUGCACACUGAAGAAACCAAAGAUAAUAACAAGCCACAAGAUGAGCCUGGACACGAAGACACGGGCGACGUGGAAAAGGGGAUAAUCAUUGGCUGUAUCAUAAGCGUCUUAGUUCUUUGUCUUCUUGUAUUGUUCGUGUGUUGGAGUGGAUUACGACGACACAAGAAGCGCUCCCAAGCGAGAGAUACGAAUCCGCUAGUAAGAACCAGUCACCACCCUGAUACGAUAACCACUGACAUCAGCGACCUCUCAACCAAACAUCAACAAAUUGUAAAGAAAUUCAUUGAUCCAGAGACGAGUAAAGAAUCCGAUCGCGGUCUAGGAAUGACGCCAAAAAGCAGUCGACAACAUUUAGAUAGUGAGAAAAUACCGUUUCUUCCGAAAACAGCCAAUCAAGAUGGAAGUGUCGAUACCUCUUGUGAUAGCAACGAUAGUGGCGUUCAAGGAUUAGGUAAAAAAGCGUCAUCAGCUCAAGAUGCGCCAAAGGAUCCAGAUAAAAUACUGCACGGGCAAGACGAUUUUAUUGUCGAAACGAAGUGUUGACGUCGGUCGCGAGCGACUUCGUUGGCAAGUACCACACGCAAAAAUAUUUUUCUAUACUGUAUUUAGUAUUUCAAUAUUUGACUGUAAUGUCAGUUCGGUCUGUCCUACGGAAGCAAAUUAUAUAUUUGAAAUAUUUAUGACAGAAAUCCGCUAGCAUUAUAUUCAAUUUCGUAUUAAAGUAUGUUUUCGUAGAAAACAAGAUUAUUCCCUAGUCGUAAGAGUCACUUUCUAUUUAUUAUGAAACACGUUUAGGUAUAUAGACUAUGUUCAUUAAAUGUAAAACGCAUGCAUCACACGUUCAUGUAGCUUAUGAAUGGGUACAGCCUGUCACAGUCAUAUUGCAAGCCUAAAUGCAUCAUCCUUUUCAUAAUGACGUCAAGCGCGGAACGCCUGAUAUUAGUUUGAUUGGCUCCGCAAAACUAACCAGCCAAUCAAAUACCGUGUAUCAUCAGACUCGCUGCGUCAUAAUGAAAAAGGUCUGUUUGAAGAACGAGUUGUAUUGUAGUAAAGAUUUGUUAAUCAAACUCACACAGAUAGAUGGACGGAUUUUAAUCCACACCGGCAUCUUUCUUAAACUUUCUGAGACUUUCUUACGAGUGUUAGUGUUAUACUGCAGUGAGAUUAAGUAUCUUAUGUCCCUACCAGGAAACUUUUGCUAAGAAAGAGUAAGCCUCAAAUCUUGCUAACUGCAAACUACAAUACAAUUCCAGUUCUUUAACCAUGUAGUAACCAUAGAAGUACACAUCAUUUCCUGUAGAAAAUCCAAAACAGUUUGCCGCCAUUCGCUUUUCGUAAAAAUUUUCCAGAUUUUUUCCAGAUUUUUUAGAUUUUUUCUUUAAAAAGGUUUAGACGUAUAUGUACAUGGUUACUGUGUUGUUAUGUUCUCGCUAUCAUAGCCUGAAACGUUUUCCGUAGUUUAGUUUAUCUCUUGAGUCAAGAUAUUGUAGUCGUUUUUGUUAUAAUUUUCCAUAAGUUUGGAUCAUACGGGAUCAUAUUCCAUAUAUGUCUGGCAAAUACCGUCCGUCCAGGUGCAAAGUGACUUUAUUCAAAGUCACCUUUCCACUAUAUUUGCCAGACAAGCCUCGGUUGGUUUCGCAAUUCGCCUCAAAGCAGUACUCGUGUUGCAGAAACUAAUCUGCUUUAAGACUAAUAAAAAAUUCGCCAUGUUUGUACAGAUAUUAUUUAAUACAAAUUUGUAAAUAUCUUAUAUUAUUCGCUAUUAUUGCAUGCUCAAAGUUCAUGAGUCAUGUAAAUGAUUUUGUCGCAUUGAAGACAAAUAUCGUUUGAACUCCUUCGUUGCAAUAGCUUUCAAUGCAAAGCCUUUGGUUAGAAUUAACUGAAUUGCGAUGCAUCAUUUAGCAUAGUCGUGAAUUAAGACAUGUAAAUAAGAAUAGAGUCGCUUUACGCCAGGCAAGUUUUGCUAAAUAUCAUUGUAUUGUGUUUUAAGCAAAAGACAAGCGGAACUUAAAUCAUCAUCGCUCAUGUAUCGCACAUGAAAAUGCAGCGUCUGAGAACGCGAGUCCCCCCCCUCUCUGAUUUUUAAAACAAGUUUGUCGCAAACACGUUUCAUUGCAAAGAUAUGUAAAGUUUGCCCGGUGUAAAAGGUCUUGCGGCAAAUAUUUGAAUUUUGUAAUAAAA